GAGGGCAAAGGCUUGGCUAGUUCCGCACUAAGCGAGACGAGACUGAAGGCAGGUGGGAGGCGCCCAGCUUAUCUGAGGUCUGAGCCUGGGUUCUCACUCCUGAGGCCCCUACAGACCCAGCGCCGCACGUUAAGGCUGCGCACUACCAACCACCAUCAUGUCCACUCCCGGGGUCAAUACGUCUGCUUCCUCCUCCCCGGACCGGCUGAAUAGCCCUGUCACCAUCCCAGCAGUGAUGUUCAUCUUCGGGGUAGUGGGCAACCUGGUGGCCAUCGUGGUUUUGUGCAAAUCGCGAAAGGAGCAGAAGGAGACAACCUUCUACACGUUAGUGUGCGGGCUGGCUGUCACCGACCUUCUGGGCACGUUGCUGGUGAGCCCAGUGACCAUCGCCACAUACAUGAAGGGCCAGUGGCCGGGGGAACAGCCACUGUGCGACUACAGCACCUUCAUUCUGCUCUUCUUCGGCCUGUCGGGCCUCAGCAUCAUUUGUGCCAUGAGUAUAGAGCGCUACCUGGCCAUCAACCACGCCUACUUCUACAGCCACUACGUGGACAAGCGGCUGGCCGGCCUCACGCUCUUCGCGGUCUAUGCGUCCAAUGUGCUUUUCUGCGCGCUGCCCAACAUGGGCCUUGGCCACUCUCAGCGGCAGUACCCGGGCACCUGGUGCUUCAUCGACUGGACCACCAACGUGACUGCGUACGCCGCCUUCUCCUAUAUGUACGCGGGCUUCAGCUCCUUCCUCAUUCUCGCCACCGUGCUCUGCAACGUGCUGGUGUGCGGUGCGCUGCUCCGCAUGCACCGCCAGUUCAUGCGCCGCACCUCGCUGGGUACCGAGCAGCACCACGCGGCCGCGGCCGCUGCCGCUGCGGUGGCCUCGGCUGCCAGCGAUUUUCGCCGCCGCCGGAGCUUUCGCCGCAUCGCAGGGGCCGAGAUCCAGAUGGUCAUCUUACUCAUAGCCACCUCUCUGGUGGUGCUUAUCUGCUCCAUCCCACUCGUGGUGCGAGUGUUCGUCAACCAAUUGUAUCAGCCAGAUGUUGUGCGAGACAUCAGCAAAAACCCAGAUUUGCAGGCCAUUCGAAUUGCUUCCGUGAACCCCAUCCUGGACCCCUGGAUAUACAUCCUUCUGCGGAAGACAGUGCUCAGCAAAGCAAUAGAGAAGAUCAAAUGCCUCUUCUGCCGCAUUGGCGGGUCCCGUAGAGACCGUUCAGGACAGCACUGCUCCUCUGAGAGUAGAAGGACAUCUUCUGCCAUGUCCAACCAUUCUCGCUCCUUCCUCUCCCGGGAACUGAAGGAGAUCAGCAGCACAUCUCAGACCCUCCUCUACCUGCCAGAAUUAAGUGAAAAUAGCCUUGGAGGCAGGAAUUUGCUUCCAGGUGUUCCUGGUAUGGGCUUGACCCAAGCAGACACCACCUCGCUGAGAACUUUGCGAAUAUCAGAGACCUCGGACUCCUCCCAGGGCCAGGACUCAGAGAGUGUCUUAUUAGUGGAUGAGGUUGGUGAGCACAGCAGUGAGGGGCCUGCCCCUAAGGGAAGCUCCCUGCAAGUCACAUUUCCCAGUGAAACACUGAACUUAUCCGAAAAAUGUAUAUAGCAGUUAAGGAUAAAAAGCAGCACUGUUUCUGGAAACAUAAAACCCUGUGCAAUAGACACCUAAGUGAAGCAAAAUUUAGCUACGCUCAGAAGGGCUGUCUUUGUCCGUCGACGCACACUAAAGAACUUUGGGGCUCUUUUCAAGCAAUGGAGUUGACUCACGUAAGUCCAGAAGCCUGAAGUACGUUAUUUGCCACCCUGCUGUGAUUGGAGAUGGCAGUCAGAACUUGAUGGCUGAGAGGAGCUAUGCUCAGUUUCCUACUGGAUAGGAGGAGGAUGGAAGUUGUGCUGUUUUCAUAACAUGAAGAGCUUGUAAUUGGCACACACCAGAGGCCCAGAACUGGAAGGGCUCUCUUCCAAUAAACUAUGAGGACUACCUUAUGACUGAUUUAAGUGUCUCACUAAAGCAUGAAAUGUGAAUUUUUAUUGUAAAUAUGAUUUAAUGUAUUUAAAAUAUUUUCUUCUCUGUGAGAAGGUUUAUUGUUAAUACAAGGUAUAAUAAAAUUAUGGUAACCCCUCUCCUGCCAGUAUAAUCAACUGACGUUGCAAAUGUUAGAUUUUUUUUUCUUAAGUACAAGCCAAGGUGUUUGUUGAAAAUGCAGUGAAACCAAUAUCUAUAAAAUAAAGUUUUUUUUAAAGAGUUUAGUAUUAUUAAAAGCACACACCAAAGGAAGAAGAAUACCAUCUAACAUGUGAAAAUUAGUCCAAAAUAUAGUUCUUUCCAAGCUAUGUGUAAUAGUGAAAAAAUUUUAGUGACAUUACAUUUAUUUAUCCAGAAAACUGUGAUUUCAGGACAACCUAACAUGCUAGUAAAUAUUUUCAAUGUUUGUCCCCAUUAAUUGGUACCUUUUAAAAUGUAAUAUAAUUUUUUAUGGUUUCUAGCUACCCAUAAUUGAAGUAUAUAAUAUAAAAAUAAAGUCUAAGUGGGUUCUUCUCUCCCUGAAAGUGUGCAUAGUUUUACUUGCCUAAAGAAUGACCUAGAAUAUCCCUUAAAAUAUCAGAGGAAGACAAGUUGGACCACAAAGAUCUUUUUUCAGAUGUGGAAGGAUCUCAGAUGUGGUUAAAUUCACCAUUAAUAUGUGUCAGAAAAGUUUGCCAAUAUAAGGUACAGAACUUACACACUUCAGAGUCACCUUCUCAUAGUUCUGAGUGAUACCCUGUAAUGCUGUACACAUAUUUGAAGGGCCCUUCUCAAAGAAAUAUUAAGCAUGUUUUGUUGCUUAAAGUGUUUUGUGAAAUGCUUGGUUGUGAUUAAAUUCUGAGCCUGAUAUGGAUGUGGUAUUAAGAAGCAAUGUACCAACUGAAAUUAUUUUGGAGAUGACAAUAAAUAAAUGCAUUCAAUCCAAGUUCCAUGCU